AUGACGACCGCACAAGGGAGACGCCUCGAAGGCAAAACCAUAGUCAUUACAGGCGCGUCCUCCGGAAUUGGAAAGGCGACCGCCCAAGAGUUCGCACGCACAUCGCCCAAGAACCUCAAAAUCAUCCUGACAGCCCGCCGAAUCGACGCAUUGAAACAGCUCGCGGCGGAAAUCACCAAAGAAGUCGGCGACGGCGUACAAAUCCUCCCUGUCCAGCUCGAUGUCAGCAAACCAGAGGAAGUCAAAUCCUUUAUUCCCAACCUCCCCUCCGAGUUCCGCGACAUCGAUGUGCUGGUGAAUAACGCCGGUCUUGUGAAGGGCGUGGACAAAGCAGGAGAGAUCAAGGAAGAGGAUAUGAUGGUGCAAUUCGCCACAAACGUUACUGGCCUGAUUAAUAUGACGCAGGAAGUUUUACAGAUUUUCAAGAAGAAAGGUGAAGCUGGCUCGGGAGAUAUCAUCAACAUUGGUUCCAUUGCUGGUCGCGAACCAUAUCCCGGGGGCAGUAUAUACUGCGCGACGAAAGCUGCUGUGCGGUCUUUUACCGAUGCGAUGAGGAAGGAGUUGAUCGCUACGAGGAUAAGGGUUAUUGAGAUUGACCCUGGACAAGUCGAGACGGAGUUUUCGGUCGUGAGGUUCUAUGGUGAUAAGGCUAAGGCGGACGCAGUGUACAAGGGCGUGACGCCUUUGACGCCAGAAGAUAUUGCUGAGACUGUUGUGUUUGCUGCUGGAAGGCCAGAGAAUGUGGUCAUUGCGGACUUGCUUGUGUUUCCUAAUCAUCAGGCGGCAGCUACAGUCAUGCAUAGAAAAUCGUAG